ACAUCGCAGAGUGACACAUCGCGGAGUGACACACCUCGGAGUGACACAUCGCAGAGUGACACAUCGCGGAGUGACACAUCUCGGAGUGACACAUUGCGGAGUGACACAUCGCAGAGUGACACAUCUCGGAGUGACAUAUCGCGGAGUGACACAUCGCAGAGUGAAACAUCUCGGAGUGGCACAACUCGGAGUGACACAUCCCGGAGUGACACAUCGCAGAGUGACAUAUCUCGGAGUGACACACCUCGGAGUGACACAUCGCAGAGUGACACAUCGCGGAGUGACACAUCGCGGAUUGACACAUCGCGGAGUGACACAUCGCGGAAUGACACAUCGCGGAGUGACACAUCUCGGAGUGACACAUCGCGGAGUGACACAUCGCGGAGUGACACAUCGCAGAGUGACACAUCUCGGAGUGACACAUCGCGGAGUGACACAUCGCAGAGUGACACAUCGCAGAGUGACACAUCGUGGAGUGACACAUCGCGGAGUGACACAUCGCAGAUUGACACAUCGCGGAGUGACACAUCGCAGAGUGACACAUCGCGGAGUGACACAUCGCAGAGUGACACAUUGCAGAGUGACACAUCUCGGAGUCACACAUCGCGGAGUGACACUUCGCAGAGUGACACAUCGCAGAGUGACACAUCACGGAGUGACACAUCUCGGAGUGACACAUCGCGGAGUGACACAUCGCAGAGUGACACAUCGCGGAGUGACACAUCGCAGAGUGACACAUCGUGGAGUGACACAUCGCAGAGUGGCACAUCUCGGAGUGACACAUCUCGGAGUGCAUCGCGGAGUGACACAUCGCAGAGUGACACAUCGCGGAGUGACACAUCUCGGAGUGACACAUUGCGGAGUGACACAUCGCAGAGUGACACAUCGCGGAGUGACACAUCUCGGUGUGACACAUCGCGGAGUGACACAUCGCAGAGUGACAUAUCUUGGAGUGACACACCUCGGAGUGACACAUCGCAGAGUGACACAUUGCGGAGUGACACAUCGCGGAUUGACACAUCGCGGAGUGACACAUCGCGGAAUGACACAUCGCGGAGUGACACAUCGCAGAGUGACACAUCUCGGAGUGACACAUCGCGGAGUGACACAUCGCGGAUUGACACAUCGCGGAGUGACACAUCGCGGAAUGACACAUCGCGGAGUGACACAUCUCGGAGUGACACAUCGCGGAGUGACACAUCGCGGAGUGACACAUCGCAGAGUGACACAUCUCGGAGUGACACAUCGCGGAGUGACACAUCGCAGAGUGACACAUCUUGGAGUGACACAUCGUGGAGUGACACAUCGCGGAGUGACACAUCGCAGAGUGACACAUCUCGGGUGACACAUCUCGGAGUUGACACAUCGCGGAGUGACACAUCGCAGAGUGACACAUCGCGGAGUGACACAUCGCAGAGUGACACAUUGCAGAGUGACACAUCUCGGAGUCACACAUCGCGGAGUGACACUUCGCAGAGUGACACAUCGCAGAGUGACACAUCGCGGAGUGACACACCUCGGAGUGACACAUCGCAGAGUGACACAUCUCGGAGUGACACAUCGCAGAGUGACAAAUCGCGUAGUGACACAUCUCGGAGUGACACAUCGCGGAGUGACACAUCUCAGAGUGACACAUCUCGGAGUGACACAUAGCGGAGUGACACAUCGCAGAGUUACAUAUCUCGGAGUGACACACCUCGAAGUGACACAUCCUGGAGUGACACAUCGCAGAGUGACACAUCGCGGAGUGACACUUCGCUGAUUGACACAUCUCGGAGUUGA